AUGACCCAGACGAAGUCAAAGGUGAUGGAGGGAAAGGAAUAUGAGUUGAAGAAAGGGCAAGAAGAUGCCAAGGAGGAGGAGGAGACGGAACAGGCAGGGGUGGGGGGGAGGGUCUCAGUGGCGGAGGCGGGAGUCUCAGGCGGCGAGGCUUCGGCAACAGAGCAGGCAGACAAGGAGGAGGAGGAGACGGAACAGGCGCGGGGGAGGAAGAGAGACAUGUACAAGAUUCGCUCGCUGCUGCUGCAGGGCCAGAUCGCGGGGCUCCGUGAAAGGCUUAAGGAGCGUGAGCUGGAGGUGAAGGAGCUCAGGGUGCUCACUGGGGGGCGAGGCCAGUCCAAGCUAAGGGAGCUUGGGGCGAUGCUGAAGGAGGCGAGAGGGGAGUGCGAUGCCCUCAGGACAAGAGAGAAAGUCCUCGCUGAGGAACUAGCGAUGGCCCAGAAGGAGGGGGACAGCCUGAGGGGCGACCUGCUGGCCAAUCAGAAGGCUCUCUCCGACCUCAACGUGUACGCCGACAGCCUGCGCUCCAGGUACACAGACGAGAUGGUGAAGCUCGAGGCCAGCCUUGCCGAGAUGGAGCGAGAGCUGACGAGAGCGGAGGCGGCGCACAUGCGGGAGCGAAGGGAGCUGCUUGACCGAGAAGCGGCGGCGGUGGCGGACCAGGAGCGGUACCGCAGCCGCACCAUCUUGCUGCAGGGAGAGGUCGUGAAAACCCGGGCAAGGGACUAG